UUCAAAUAUUUGGGAGCCUAUAUAACAUCUGACGGUUCAACAAAAAAAAGAUAUACAAAGCAGGGUAAAAUGGCCAUCCAGAGAUUGAAUUCCAUUUUAUGGUACUCCAAAAUUAGCAUUAACACGAAAGUUCAAGUUUAUCACAGUAUCGUGGAGCCAAUAACUGCUUAUGGGGCUGAAUGCCGGCAGCUUACAAAAAUAGAAAACCAGCUAAAAGCCGUUGAAAUGGACUUCCUACGCCGGUCGUGUAGACUAUCUAGGUUGGACCAUAUCCGAAACGAUAUGAUCAGAGAAAGGACAUGUGUACAAGAUACCAUUGUGGAUAGAGUGGAAAGAAGACAACUAGUAUGGUACGGUGAUGUCAUGAGGAUAGCUGAUGAAAGAUGGCCAAGGAAGAUGGUAUCAAUAUCCCAACCAACAGAAGGAAGAGUGGAAAGGGAUAGAAGAAGUCAUGAGAAAACUAGAAAUGAAUGAAAGAGACUGAGAAAACAGAAGAGAAUGGCGAGUGAAGUGCGAGAAGCGGUAGCAGCCGUAAUAUAUAUAUAUAUAUAUAUAUAUAUAUAUAUAUAUAUAUAUAUAUAUAUAACUU